AUGGAUAUGCCGGCCCCGAGGAAUGUGAAAGAGGUACAGAGCCUUACGGGUAGGAUGACAGCCCUUGGCAGAUUCCUUUCUCGUUUGGCAGAAAAAGGCCUUCCUUUCUACAAGGUCUUAUCGAAAGCAAAUAACUUCGAAUGGAAUUCUGAAUGCCAGCGAGCUUUCGAAAAGCUUAAGGAGCACCUAGCCACGCCUCCGGUUCUUACCAAACCGAAGCCCGGAGAACCAUUAUACAUAUAUCUGGCGGUGGCCAAUGAGGCCGUAAGCUCGGUAUUGAUUCGAGAAGAAAAUAAGAUCCAGAGGCCCGUUUAUUAUGCGAGUAAACGAUUAUCGGGAGCCGAGGUUCGGUAUCUUCCUAUGGAAAAACUGGCGUUCGCCUUAAUAACAUCGGCGAGGAAACUCCGACCCUACUUUCAAGCUCAUACGAUUAUAGUGCUUACUAACCAACCCUUGAAGCAGGUUCUUAGCAAGCCAGAGCUUUCAGGCCGGAUGUUGAAGUGGGCAGUAGAGCUCACCGCCUUCGACAUUGAGUAUAGGCCGCGACCGGCCAUUAAGGCGCAGUCGCUAGCAGACUUCAUCGCCGAAGGGAUAGGAGCUCCCGAAGGUCCCGAAGCAAACCAGAAACCAUGGUUAGUGGUGGUAGACGGAAGCUCAACCUCGGGCGGCAGAGGGGCAGGAUUAAUGAUAAAGAGUCCCGAAGGGCAAAUAUGGCCUUACGCGCUACAUUUUGAAUUCCGAGCAUCUAACAACGAAGCAGAAUAUGAGGCCUUAUUGGCUGGGCUUAGGUUGGCUGAACAGUUGGGAGCUCAAAACGUCGAGGUGAGUUUAGAUUCUAACUUAGUGGUGCAGCAGGUGAAUGGAGAAUAUGAAGCCCGAGAAAAUCACAUGGCGCAAUACUUGACCCUAGCCAAAGAGCUGAUGGCGCGUUUCCAACACGUAAAGGUGGAAUACGUCCCUCGAGCCAUGAAUACAGAGGCGGACUUGCUGUCCCGAAUCGCCUCUUCCUCUUUCCCUACAAGCUCUCAAGAAAUUCGGAUCGAAUCUCUUCCGCAAAAGAGUAUCGAAGAAGCCGCAGACCAAUUUUGUAUCGAUAACGAGCCUAGCUGGAUGGACCCCCUGUUGUCAUAUUUGAGAGAGGAAAAGCUCCCCGAAGACGACUCGGAGGCACGGGAGGUCAAACGAAAAGCCCGAAAUUUCGUGUUAGUCGGGGGGGAACUAUACAGAAGGUCUUUUUCACAACCACUGCUCAAGUGUAUCCGACCUCGCGAAGCAGACUACAUCCUACGGGAGAUUCAUGAAGGAAUAUGUGGAAACCACAUCGGGGCUUGGGCGCUUAGUCAAAAGGCCCUGCGGCAGGGGUAUUAUUGGCCAACGAUGGUGCGAGAUUCCGAGCAGCUGGUUAGAACUUGCGAUCGGUGCCAGAAAACGUCUAACUUGGUCCAUGUGCCGGCAGUCGCGCUAACUCAUCUCGCCACACCAUGCCCCUUCGCUCAAUAG